AUGGAUUGGAUUUGGGCAAUUGGGUUGCUUUCUAUUGUUUAUGUACUCCAAGCAUGGAUUUCCAAAAGCAAGAACAAGAAGAUCAAAAAAUUGCCUCCUGGUCCAAGAGGGUUUCCUAUUAUCGGAAACCUCCUGAUGUUAGGAGAGUUCCCUCACGUCGAUCUUCACCGACUAUCCCAAAAGCACGGUGACAUCAUGUACCUGCGCUUAGGCCUGGUGCCUACCAUUGUUGUCUCAUCCCCUCAAGCGGCGGAGCUGUUUCUCAAAACGCACGACCAUUCUUUUGCCACUAGGCCACCACAUGAAGCUGCAAAGCACAUUUCUUACGGCCAAAGGAACUUAUCCUAUGCCGAGUAUGGUCCUUAUUGGCGCACCAUUCGCAAGAUGUGCACCCUUGAAUUACUCAGCAACCACAAAAUCAAUUCUCUUAAGCCCAUGAGGAAAGAAGAGCUUGAUCUCUUCAUGAACUUCAUUCAAGAGGCUUGUCGUGAUCGUGCUGCGGUUGAUCUCAGCGCCAAGGUUUCUUCUCUCAACACAGACAUGACGUGCCGAUUGGUGUUUGGAAAGAAGUACAUGGAUAAGGAAUUUGAUGAGAAGGGUUUCCAGGCUUGGAUCGUAGAGGGUAUGCAUCUAGCAGGCACCCCCAACUUUGGUGAUUAUCUUCCUUUUCUUGCUCCAUUUGACCUCCAGGGUUUAACUAAGAGAAUGAAGGCUGUUAGAAAGGUGUUUGAUGACUUCUUUGAGAAGAUCAUUGACGAGCACAUCAAAUCUCAGGAUGAUCAAGAAAGGACCAAAGACUUCGUCGAUGUCAUGUUGUGUUUCAUGGGAUCGAAAGAAUCUGAGUACAAAAUUGAACGCUCCAACAUCAAGGCCAUAAUUCUGGACAUGGUUGCUGGUGCAAUGGACACAUCAGCAACGGCAAUUGAGUGGACACUUUCCGAACUCAUGAGGCACCCUCGAGUGAUGAAGAAAGUCCAGAAAGAGUUGGAAGAUGUAGUAGGCAUGGAUAGAAUGGUGGAUGAGUCAGACUUGGAGAAGUUGGAGUACUUAAAUAUGGUGGUGAAGGAAAACUUGAGGCUACAUCCAGUUGCUCCAUUGUUGAUCCCCCAUGCAGCCAUUGAAGACUGCACUGUCAACGGCUUCCACAUACCCAAAAAAUCGCGCGUCAUGGUAAAUGUAUGGGCAGUUGGGAGAGACCCUAGUGCUUGGACAGAUCCAGACAAGUUCAUACCGGAAAGGUUUGUUGGUAGUAAUAUAGAUCUCCGCGGUCGAGACUUCCAACUUCUUCCGUUUGGUUCCGGUCGAAGAGGUUGCCCCGGAAUGCAUCUAGGGCUUACUGUGGUGCAUCUGGUGGUGGCGCAACUUGUGCAUUGCUUUGAUUGGGAACUUCCAGAUAAUAUAUUGCCAACUGAGUUGGACAUGACUGAGGAGUUCGGUCUAACAGUUCCAAGGGCCAAACAUCUACUGGCCAUUCCUUCCUAUCGUCUUCGACAACAAUAA